AAACAACGUGGGCGAAUGGCAAUUAUUGCAAGCCACGAUCUAGGUUGGUUGAUAUGCCAUAAAACAUAUCUUAAUCGCAUGUAUAAUACAUGUAUAGAUCUUACUACUGAAAAAAGAAGCGAAUUUCGUGUAAGCGUGCUCGAUUCUAUAUUUCAUAUUGAAAAUCAUUUCGUAAUGGACAGUGCAGCUAGAAAAUUAGCGGAUAAACAAUCGUCGUCACGUAUAAAGAAGAGGAAGCGAGAAGAAGAUAUUUCAGAUCCUUUAUACAAUGAGAUAAAAGAUAUUUUAGAGAAUUCUCUGGGUCAGUUAAUAAAGAUGGGGAAAGAAUGCAAUUACAUUAAUGAAGGACUGUUAUCAUCCACAGAGAUCAGAAACAAUAAUUCUGAAGCAAAAUCUGUUGCAGAAGUAUUAAAUAAAAAUUUUCUGUUGGAAUUUUGUAAUGAAAAAAAUUCAGGUGAAUUUGAUAAAUUCAAAGAGAGUUUAUCUGAUAUAACAACAUAUCCUUUUGACUUGCCUGGAAUUUCUGUAUUUUUGGGGAAAAAAUAUAUAAUUCCAGAUCGAACAAGGUUUCUUCUGGGUGACAUCUCUCAAAUAGAAACUUUAAUAAAGAAUACAAAAAAUAAAUUUGAUGUGAUUCUUAUGGAUCCACCAUGGUUUAACAAAUCUAUUAAAAGAAAGAAAAGUUAUCCUAUGUUACGUAAUGAAGAUUUAUUGAAUAUUCCAAUCCCUCAACUGGCAAAUUCCAACUGCCUUGUUAUUGUUUGGGUAACAAAUAAUCAGAAUCAAGUGCAUUUUAUCAAAGAAAAAUUAUUUCCAAACUGGUCAGUGCAGUAUUGUGCAGAUUGGCAUUGGAUCAAAAUUACUACUCAUGGAAUUCCUGUCUUACCUUUGCACUUUCACCAUAAGAAACCUUAUGAAAAUUUAAUAAUUGGAAGGUUUAAGUCAUCCAAAAGUGAUGUGGAGCUGCCGGCAAUACCAAAUCAUAAAGUGAUCGUCAGUAUUCCUAGUAGCAUACAUUCUCACAAGCCUCCUCUCACAGAAGUUCUGAAGCCUUACAUUAAGGAGGAUGCCAAAUGUUUAGAACUGUUUGCGAGAUACUUGAUACCCGGUUGGACGAGUUGUGGAAAUGAGGUUUUAAAACUACAGGAUCUGAAUUUAUUUGAAGUUUCAAAA